AGUUACAGAAGGUGGAAAUACCACUGGAAAUUAAGCUCGACAUCUUUUAAAUGUACCAUAAUACGAAUAUGCCAAUUUCCCACGAUGUAAUGCAAAAAACGAGUAUUUAAAUAUAAUUUCUUCUUGCCCAUACCACCCACGCAAGCUGGUAUUAAUUUAUUCACUUAUUUUUGUCAGACAUCUGUGUGCAGAAUGGCCGAAUACACAGACAGCUUCACCUCAACGAUGAUGUCCCAGAUUGACGAUGAGUUGAUGUGUGGUGUAUGCCUGGAGCUUUACGACACUCCGACCAUUCUGCCUUGUGGUCACAACUUCUGCAAGCAAUGCAUCGAAGGAAUCAUUCGGAAUGUCAGCUACACCUUCUUGACUCUAGGAGCUCCCACUGCCUUCAAAUGUCCUGUCUGUAAGGCACGUGUUAACUAUGAUGAUGUCAGAUCCUUGCCAACUAAUAGAUCCCUGGAGAGCAUUGUGAGAUUGUACAAGAGCAGUCAGCCAGUGGACAUCUUUGACAAGUCCUGGCACACGGAUAUGAACAUUUCGUCCUCUCACUGCUCGGAACACAACCGUCCCAUGGACCAAUACUGCGCAGCCUGCGCCCUCGCGAUCUGUGGCACAUGUGCACAAUUGAAACACAGCGGGCACCACAUUCAGAAAAUUUCAGAUGUCACAGCGUUAUUACAGGAAGAGCUCACAGACAUCUUGGCUGACUUAAAAAAACAGAUGCUGCCUAUAAACAACCAUCUUCAUACUAUGGAGCAGUUGCUAUCGGAAACUAAGGAGAGUGAAGAGGCCGUGUUAAAGCACCUUGAUAGCCAGAUCGCAGCAUUAAUAUCGGGUAUGAAGUCCCGCCGUAACGAUCUCGCACAAGAAUUGUCUCUGCAAAACCAGUCCUUACAGAAACCAGUCAGGACAGAAAUCCAGAGAUGCCGGUCUCUUAAGGAAGCCACCAAUCAAAUCAUGAGCAAGCUUUCUAUUUUAAGGAGAACAAAUCCAAGUCGAAAAAUUCAGCUACUGCAGAGAACAUGUGCAGAAUUGAAAACAGUGGUGGGAAAUGACUUCAAAGAGUUCUUUAAGUGUUAUGAGAGGCCAGAUCCUGUAAGACUUGGUUGGACCAUAGACACACUGGCUUUAACAAAGUGCAUUAAUGAUAUUGUGUGGAGGAAACCAGAAGAGUCAGUUUCAAAAGACACCAAAGAGCACACAGAUUUGGAAGCUAGACUGAGAUCAAUCCAACACUCUGAACUCGAAAGGUCGCAUAGCACCCAGGACCAACAACCAUCCAAAGAGAGUGCAGGAAAUGGUCUACCAAUUUCACUAGUUGUGCCCCUGGAACAACAUGCAGUGACCCCUUAUCAUGAGCAAGGAAAUGAAUCAACUCAAGAAACACCUGUUUCUACAUCUUCAUCAUCUGUGGAAAAUGUUGAACCCAGAAUAGCUGUACAAGUGGACAGUAGUUCAGGAUUGUCAGAACAGUCAACUGACCAUACCGAUCCAUUAAAGGUUCCUUUUGAGUCUAGUUCAAAUAGUUUUACUUCUGCUAAGGCUAGUUCUACAAUUUUGCCCGAUAGUGGUAAUAGAAAAGAAACAAUUAAAGCUGGAGUGUUUCAUACACCUCAAAAGUCCCCUAACGCUGAGGCUCUUGCCAAAUUUGUAGCCAGAAGAAGAACAUCAUCACUGUCACCAUCAGUUGCCACACCUACUGUUGUACAAUCUGAUGAAGAUGAUAACAAACAUCGUGACCAUAAAGGUCCAGUACAUGAAACUGAUGUUACAACUACCAGUAGUAUUCCAAAGGUUACUGUUGAAGAAUCAAGACAUAUGAGAUCAAUAAGUCAAAAGCAUAAUAAAAAUACUUCAGUAGACAGAACGAAAGAGUUAAAUACUGAUAUUUCCAUAGAAACCAAGGACACAAGGGCAUCUCAUUCACAAAGCGACAAUAAACAGGUAGAAUCAGUCAAAGGGAUAAAACAGGCUCAAUUAGAGGCUGAUGACGACACUGGAGCAGACAAUAAAACUCAGAAACAAUUGCAAACACCUGUUAGGGGUGAGAGCUGUGAUAAAAGAAUUCAUAGUGCAUUUAGUUCAACAAGGAAGGAAGAUAGCCCUGACAGUGGUGUAAAUACACCGACCGGAAAAACUAAAGUAGUGCCAAAGUUUACAAAGCAGCCACUGGCUGUAAAUCUUGAUUUUAAUUUAAGUCCAACUAAUAAUACAUCUGUAAAAAACAAAACGGAGACAUUUGUUUGAGGUUUGUAGUUUUUAGUUUAGAAGAAUUAACACAAUCAGAAAAGCUGUCAGUUUUAAAACAGAACAGGUUUUCAGCGUUUCUUUAUGCUGUGUUUUUAUAUAUAAUUGAUAUAAGCCAAGAGCUGCUUUUUUACUUUUACCUUUUUUUUUUUUUUAAUUUUUUAGCUCACUAUUAUAUAUGAAAUAUAUAUAGUGGAGCUAUCCUACUCAUCCCGGCGUUGGCGUGAGCGUUCACAUGUUAAAGUUUUCUUACCACCCCAAAUAUUUUCAAUGUCCCUUGACAUAUUGCUUUCAUAUUUUGCAUACUUCUUUACCAACAUGACCCCAACCUAAAAACAAGAGCAGACAACUGUAUCAAGCCUUUUGUAAGAAUUAUGGCCCUUUUUUCACUUAGAAUAUGCAUAUUAUUGAUAAAUCCAUGUUAAAGUUUGCGUACCACCUCAAAUAUUUUCAAUGUCCCUUGACAAAUUGCUUUCAUAUGUUGCAUACUUCUUUACCAACAUGACCCCAACCUAUAAACAAGAGCAGACAACUGUAUCAAGCAUUUUGUAAGAAUUAUGGCCCUAUUUCCAUUUACAAUAUGCAUAUUACUUUAGUUACAUUGCCAUAACUUCUUUAUUCAUGAUCAGAUUUUAUUAUUACUUUGACAAACAACACUUACCUGAAUACCACAAUGGAUUCCAUCCAAACAAUACCCCACGCCCCUACCCAGAAUCCCUGCCCCUCCCCCCCCCCCCCCCCCCCAAAUAAGUUUUUUUCCGUAUUUAUUUUUGAAAGAUCAUCUUAUAAAUGACCACACACCACAAUAUAACCCCUCUCAACCGCCUCCCA